UCUCUUUUACAACAUGCCUGGUGUUUUUCUAUUUUUAGUUUUUAUUUGCGAAUUGAGCAUACAUACUGUAGUGUUUGGAAAUGAAGUUGACUACUUGGUUAGACAAUGGGCUCCUCGCGUGUGGCUGGCACCAGGCGAAAAUUUCAAGCCGUCUAAUGUAGAAACAUUUUUGGACAACGUUUGUGUCGCUGAUGAAAACCGAAAAUGUAUUUUUCCAAAACUGAAUAGUGAUAUAUCCCUAUCAAGUACAGAAGCUUGGAGUUUGAACACAGUUCAACCAAUAGAAGCACUUUUGGAUAAUACAGAUUCGUUCCUGUAUGGGAAAAAUACUAUCCAAAAUUCAGUUCCUACUUACGCUGUAGUAAAGCACUGUGAACCAGAAAAAUUGAAUUUCCACGUCCGUUAUUGGUUUUUCUAUCCGUAUAAUAAAGGAAAGGAUGUUUGUGAAAUCGGUGGUAUUCCAAAUUGGCAAAUUGGUGACACUAGCUUAUGUAGUUGGAAAAGUUAUGGAAAUCAUGUGGGCGAUUGGGAACGUAUGACCCUAUGGUUUGAUGGAAAUAAUUUCCCAAAGUCAGCGUAUUUGGCUGCGCAUAAAUCAGGUGCCUAUUACAUUUAUAACGAAGGAACCGGUAAUUUCCAAUUUGACCAUGCAGAAGAAAGCGAAGGUAUUAAUCAAACACCAGAAUAUCCACCAUAUCUACACACUCAAGAUAAUCACCCUAUAGUAUUCUCAGCCAAAGGUUCCCAUGGAACGUGGGCCGCCCCUGGAGAAUACCAAUACAAUACAGUUCCCAAAUUAGUCGACAAAACUGGCUACGGAGUCCCAUGGAAUACUUGGAAUAACGUCGAAAUCUACCAUUUGGGGUUGGACUCAUUGCCUUAUUGGAUAAGGUUUAGAGGAAGAUGGGGUAAUCCCAAAAAAAAUUGCUUAUUGUUCGGAGAGCUCGAAAUGUGUGAAUAUUCUGAUGGACCUGAAGGCAUUUUAAGACAAUCUCAAGAUUAUAAUUGUCCCUGAUGAUAAUAAAACUUGCACUUAGCUUGUAUACCAUAAACAUUGAAAAUUGUUACCAUAAUUAGCAAACCUCGUAAAUCCACUUAACUCCACAAAAAAAGUUCCUAUUAUACAAAAUGGUCUUAUUCUUUUAAAAAUAUUAAAAAUCAAUGUAUAAAAUUAAUUUGAAGAUUUUUAAGCAUUCAUAAAAAUACAAACAUGUUAUUUUAAGCUCCUGAAAAGUUAGGUGUUUUGGAAUUACGAGGUUUGCUAAUUGGGAUAACGAAAUGCUAGUAUUUUUUUAAUUAUUUUGUAUAUUUUUUUAAAACUAUAAAACAUGAUAUAAAGAACUACUAAUAGUAUAACCUCAUGAAAUUUUUAUUGGAUCGAAAUGGAUAGAUAUUAUUGUUAAAUUUCAAAAUUUUGUUUUAAGAUAAUAAAGUGUUAAAAGGUUUGAACGAUCAUAAAUUUGAUAUUUCUAUUUAGGCUAUUACUCAAAAAAAUUAAUUAAUUGUUAG